AAAUGCACACAAUAACAUUCAAUCAUAAAUGAGAUUAGUUUAUAGUGAGCAAUUUACCCAGCCUGACUAUGAAAAGAAGACAGAGACCCACAUGCAUAUGGGUAAAUUGAAUAUGCACAUUCAAUGCCUAUGAUCCCAAAGGUGCACUGUAUCAAAAGGUACCAGCUGAACCGUAGUACUACCUCAUUAUUACUGUUAUUUAUGUUGCUAGCCUUUGGGGAUAUCAGGUUAGACAUAUAUUUCAAGGAAUGUCAUUUAAUAAUUGCAUUGUUAAUAACCAUAAAUUAUUAUUCCACUUAUUUUUUGCUUUCACGUAUAUACUGUAUGGAGUGCUGAAAUAUAUUCAUCUGCAACCAUGUGACCGUAUUGAUGCACGAAAAUGAAACCCACCUGUUUUACUAACCGUUCGACCUUGACAUGAUAAGAUAGAACUAAUUAGCCGCAAAGCUAAAGACAGUCGCAAAAGCUCGAGAUAGAAUGUUCUGUCAAGUCUAGAGAAACAGACAAAAGUAUCUCAAGGUUGUGCAGCUGUCCCGUAAAUCGCGAAAGCCCUAUAAUUGCCCUGAGAAAGUGAUCAUCUGUGCUCACUGCCUCAGCAUUCGUCCUCUUUCCAGUCACGUGGAAGUGUGCUUUCUUUUAUGAAGUUACUUUCACCUAAGUAAAGAAAAUAAUCUUAUAUAAAUAAAAUACGUUUUUCUUCUUUCCUAUUGACGAAUUGCGGAACAUCAUUUAAUUACGUUCCCUUGUGCUCCGCUACUCUGUAUUAUGUAAGCUGAAAGAAGAGUGGGUGGAUAUACACGUACUGCUACAGACAGUACCGAUUAGAUAACAUUUUGCUGGGAAGCAUAAGCACACACGGCCUUAAAAAAUGAGGUGAAGACCGAAAGUAGGAAAACAUACAAAAAAAAAAAAAAGACUAAAAACUGUCUGGGUGAGAUUCCAUAUUAACGGUGACCUUAAAAAUGUUUACAGAAAACAUGGGCAGGUUGUGAAAUAAUAAAAAAUAAGCAAGUGAAUAUUACUAAAGGUUGUGCAUCGCAUGGAAAUUUAUAUAUAAUAAAUAUAUUUGCAUGUAUAUAGUGAGAUCUAGCCUGAGCACAAGUUGCAGGUUGGUCCUGUCGGGAGUAUUUCAUGAAUGGCACUUCCAUUGUAACUGGCGCACACCCCCGCAGAACGGCCCGACAGAGCAAAGAGAUUCCGCCUCAUUCCCGUGAUUCUUCUGUUUAUAUUGUUACUGAGGCAAAAAUGGCGGACACCAGUAACCCCAAUGGCCAGAAUCUUGGAUUCACAGAGAAAUUAAAAACGUGGCUUUCCUGGUCAUGGACCUACAUCUGGGCUCUUUGGUUCGCAAUGGUUUUAGUUCUCAUCUACGUGCUGCGGAGUCCACUGAAGCUCCAGGAAACGCUGUCAACAGCUUCUGUCUUCCUGAACACACUGACGCCCAAAUUUUAUGUGGCACUCACUGGAACAUCAUCGCUAAUUUCUGGCCUCAUUUUGAUAUUUGAAUGGUGGUACUUCCAAAAGUAUGGAACCUCAUUUAUUGAGCAGGUCUCUGUCAGCCAUUUGCGCCCUCUGCUGGGUGGAAUGGAAAAUAGCAGCUCGGCAGGCUUGUUCUCAGUGAAUGGAGAUGCGGAAUCUAGACAGAGUGUUUCAGAAUGCAAAGUCUGGAGGAACCCGUUAAACUUAUUCAGAGGAUCAGAGUACAGCAGGUAUACCUGGGUCACUGGGAAGGAACCCCUCACAUACUAUGACAUGAACCUGUCCGCACAAGACCAUCAAACAUUCUUCACCUGUGACACACAGCAGCUUAAACCUGAGGAUGUAGUGAUGCAGAAAGCCUGGAGAGAACGGAACCCCCAGGCCCGGAUCAAGGCCGCAUACCAGGCCAUUGAGCUGAAUAACGAGUGCGCCUCGGCGUAUGUGCUGCUGGCGGAGGAGCAGGCCACCACGAUUACGGAGGCCGAGCGACUCCUCAAGCUGGCCCUCAGGAGCGCUGGAAAAGACACCAACGUGCUGGCCUACAUCAAGCGUAGGCUGGCGAUGUGCGCACGCAAACUGGGCAGAGUCAAAGAGGCCGUGAAGAUGAUACGAGAAUUAAUGAAAGAGUUUCCUCUCCUGGGAAUGUUAAAUAUCCACGAAAAUUUACUAGAAGCACUCCUGGAGAUGCAAGCCUAUGCAGAUGUGCAAGCUGUCCUUGCGAAAUAUGAUGACAUCAGCUUGCCGAAGUCGGCGUCUAUAUGCUACACAUCAGCACUGCUCAAAGCGCGAGCCGUCUCAGACAAGUUCUCCCCGGAGGCAGCAUCGCGGAGGGGCCUCAACACAGCAGAGAUGAAUGCAGUGGAGGCCAUCCACAGGGCCGUGGAAUUCAACCCGCAUGUGCCAAAGUACUUGUUAGAGAUGAAGAGCCUAAUCUUGCCGCCAGAGCAUAUCUUGAAGCGGGGGGACAGCGAGGCAGUGGCGUAUGCCUUCUUCCACAUGCAGCACUGGAAGAGAGUCGAGGGAGCCUUAAACCUUCUCCACUGCACUUGGGAGGGAACCUUCCGCAUGAUCCCCUAUCCGCUGGAGAAGGGGCACCUGUUUUACCCCUACCCUGGCUGCACAGAGACAGCAGACCGGGAGCUUCUGCCGUCGUUCCAUGAGGUGUCUGUGUACCCGAAGAAAGAGUUACCCUUCUUCAUCCUCUUCACGGCCGGACUGUGCUCCUUCACAGCCAUGCUGGCCAUGCUCACGCACCAGUUCCCAGAGCUCAUGGGGGUCUUUGCUAAAGCGUUCUUCAGCACCCUCUUUGCACCUCUGAGCUUCUUCAUAGACAAGAUGGAGAGCUUCAUGCCCUUCAGCUUCUGGUACCAGCUGACUCGAAUUUGAGUUACCACAUCUGUAUGAACCCCCACCACCCCACAUCAGCUGAAAAUGUUUGUAGCUCUGUCUGUCCAGUGGCCUCACUCCUAUCCACCUGCAUCGCACAGCAGGCCAGGGGAUGAGGAAAUUCUUCUGACAAAUAUUCAGUUACGGGGGUUUCUAAAACUGCAUUGCCCUGGAAUCUGAAUGGUUUCUCCAGCAGAUGCCCAACUGUUCAAUAAAAUACAUAAAAGCUGCUUCCAGCA